AUGGCAGCUCUCCGAACAUCCUCGCGCACGCUUCUGCGCUCCGUCGCCGCCGCAGCGGCCCGCACCAACGCUGUCGCUGGCAGUUCUUCCCGCACCGUCGCUCGUCGAUCGCUCACCACCUCGGCCGUCCGCUCCUCCGACUCGCUCUUCGUGCACCGCAAUACGGACUACAACAACCCGGACAUCCCCUUCGAGUUCAACGCUGAGAAUGCCAAGCAGGCGCAAGAGAUCAUCUCGUACUACCCGCCUCAGUACAAGAAGGCGGCCGUCAUCCCGCUGCUCGACCUCGGGCAGCGUCAGAACUCGGGCUGGGUCUCGAUUUCGGUCAUGAACUACGUCGCCAAGCUGCUCGAGAUGCCGCCUAUGCGCGUCUACGAGGUGGCGACGUUCUACACCAUGUUCAACCGCGAACCGGUAGGCAAGUACUUUUUGCAGCUCUGCACCACCACGCCGUGCAUGCUCGGCGGUUGUGGCUCCACCAAGAUCCUCGAAGCCCUCGAGGGCAAGUUGGGCAUCAAGGCCGGUCAGACCACCGAGGACAAGAAGUUUACCUUGGUGGAAGUCGAGUGCUUGGGCGCUUGCGCUAAUGCACCCAUGAUUCAGAUCAACGAUGAUUACUACGAGGAUUUGACCCCGGAGAGCAUGGUCAACAUUAUCGAGAAGUUGAGCAAGGGCGAGAAGGUCAAGCCCGGCCCCCAGUCGGGUCGCCACUCGUCCGAGGCCGCCACCGGAAGGACCGCUCUCACUUCAGAACCAUAUGGACCAGGCAAGUUCUGCGUUCCCGACUUCGCCUGA